AUGGAAGAGCCUGCAGCUCCCUCUGAACCCUCUGGGGCAGCCAGGGCCCCUGUGGGUGCCGUGGCAGCAGGGGAGGGUGCAGCUGGGCCCAGUGUCCCCGUGCGCCCGGCCUCCCGGCAGCCUGUGGCUCCAAGCCCAGCCCUCCUCCGAACGUCACGUCGGAGGCCUGCCCAGGCCUCAGGGGGAGGGGCUGGGCCCAGCUGGCUGCCUAGCCGGAGCACCGGCAGCUGGACAAAGCAAAUCACCUGCAGGUAUUAUCUGCAUGGGAUGUGCAAGGAGGGGGAGAACUGUCGCUACUCCCACGACCUCUCAGGCCAGCAGAUGGCCAGGGAGAGCCGCAGUUCGUCGCCUCAGGCCUCUGCAGACCGAGGUGCCAGUACGGCUGCGCACGUUGAGACCCUGCCUCAGGAAGUAGCGGAAGCCCCCCCUGCUGCGUCCUCACGCUCCUUGCCUGUGAUUGGCUCAGCUGCUGAAAGGGGUUUCUUUGAAGCGGCCAGAUACAAUGUAGGCCUGGAAGCUGCAGGAGGAGCAGGUGCAGAAGGCUGGGCAGAUGCCGUUGAAUUUGUUCCCGGGCAACCCUACUGGGGCCGCAGCACCUUUACUGUUCCCGAGGCUCAUCUGCAGAGCCUAGUGACUGCGAGGGAGCAGAUUGCUGUGGGCGUGGGGGAGCAGCUUUGCCGCGAUGCUGCCAUGGGGCGGUGCUUUCGUGGGGAGAGCUGUAUGUUUCAACAUGGAGAGAUAUGCGAUAUGUGUGGGCUGCAGGUCUUACACCCGGUGGAUGCUGUCCAGAGGGAAGAGCACAUAAGGGCCUGUGUUGAAGCACAUGAGAAGGAUAUGGAACUCUCGUUUGCUGUGCAGCGCAGUAUGGACAAAGUGUGUGGCAUCUGCAUGGAGGUUGUCUAUGACAGAGUCAACCCCAGUGACCGCCGCUUUGGCAUCCUCUCCAACUGCAACCAUGCCUACUGUCUUAGGUGUAUCCGCAGGUGGAGGAGUGCCAGACACUUUGGGAGCAGGCUGGUCAAAUCCUGCCCACAGUGCAGGGUCACCUCCAACUUUGUCAUACCCAGUGAGUUCUGGGUGGAGGAAGAAGAAGAGAAGCAGAAACUUAUUCAGCAGUACAAGGAGGCAAUGAGCAACAAGACCUGCAGGUAUUUUGCUCAAAGUGGGGGUUUUUGCCCAUUUGGAGAGAACUGCUUUUACAAGCAUGCAGACCCUGAGGGCCUGGGAGAGGAGCCUGUGCAGGUGGGAGAGGGCAACAUGCCCUUUAAACGCUGUAAAAAAGAGCUUGUCAUGCUUCGGCUGGCCAAUCUGUUGUUUAAGUGUUUUCUUUCAGUGGGAGACAAUGAGCUCCCCUUCUUGGAGGACCAGUGGGACUUGCUUCAUUAUGAGCUAGAAAAAAUAUUUAAAUUUGAGUCUGUAGCAUUAUGCUGUGGCAUGUGGUCUAGUGUGCUGAGGCUCUGUCAUCUGCUAUUGCCUGUUUUCUGUUUAUAGACACAUCUGUCACCUACAGGAGCCGUUGAAGUCAUUUCCAUUGAGCAUCCAUCACUGUUUUCUUGCCCAUCCUCAUUUGUUUCCUGCUACGAUUAUGGUGUCUCACUGUGUUAAAAAGUAAUAGAAAGU